AUGGAUUAAUAUCCAGGUUAAGCAAGAAAUAUCGUAUUACAUUUGAAAAUUAAGAAAGACGGAAAGUAUAUAGGAGAAUCAGUUGAUUGGUAUUGGUUCAAAGUUGGAUUUGUUACAUUGUUGAAAUAUAAUGUCGCCUCUCUUGAGGAGAAUUGGAGAUUUGGUGAUCCCUUGAGCAAAGAUCAACUCUUGACUUUCAUCCAACAAGGUGUACCUUCAUUGGCAUGGGCAUAUAGAGAAGUAUUGGUGAAUGAUAAACUAAAUACUUUCGAUUCUGUUGUAUCACAUCUUGAAUAAAACAAAGUUGCAUGUGCUCUUUACAACAUUAUUGGAGGAACUGCAAAAGAUUAAGGAGUGAUUAUUUCAAGAGAUCCAUUUGAGACUUAUCCAACAAUAUCAUUAAGUAAUAUACCUUAAGGUUAGAACGGAUACAAGUACUUGGUUUAGACAAAUUAUGACCAUUGGUUACCAGAUCCUUAAGAUGAUCAAAGAAGAACCAUUGCAGAAAAUUUGUUAGCAAAUAUGCAAAAUAAUCUAUUCAAUGAAUUUGGAGUCUACUCUGUUAUGGACACUUAUCCUAUCCACAAUGAAGGAACAUUCUAUACAGUGGUCAUGAAUGCCAAAUACAAUAGAUUAAUAGCUUUUGGAUAACCAAGUAUCACAUUAACUGAUGAAUGAGAUAAUAAUAUAAAAGUGAUGAAGUCAUCAUCGAUAAUAAUAUAAAAUUAC